UGGUAAGAACAUUGUUUUUUUUUUUAAUUAUUUCUUGUUAGCAUUUUUUUUUUUUACAUAUACAUAAUGGCUGCAGUUGUUGAUAAAAGCAAUAAGGGAGAAAAUGUCAGCAUGUGGUUAUUAAAUUAUAUUAAAAACCAUGGGGGACCAUAUGAAAUCCCACAGGAAUGUAAAGAUUCAUGGGAUUUAAUGAAAAUUUUUAUAGCUGACAGUGUUUUUGAUAAGAAAACUAAGGAAUCAAAACGUAAAGGAAUGGUCCUUCAGGGAUUAUUGUCCUGUUGUUUAAAAAUGGCAGAAAUUGUUAAACAAAAGGAUAAUGAUUUUACAGAACAGACUGACAAGUAUGAAACUUUGCUGAAAGAGUCAAAUGAAAAGAUUUCUGAGUUAAGAUUGCAUGCCAUUACUACUGGUGAAGCGUUAAUUGAAAAGGCCAAUCUGUGUGACCGUUUAACAGCAACAAAUGAUGAAUUGUCAGUGAAAAUACAGGAUAUAGAGAAGGAGCUGGAGGAACACAAACAUGCAGUAAAUAUUGCUUUUGAUAAAGUUGGUGAAAAAUCUGAUCAACUUUGUCAAAACAAUAUUUCCAAAUUUAAAGAGCACAAACAAAUUUAUCCAUGGAAUGAAUUGGAUCAAGCAUCUAGUUUCCCAGCAGCCCCUGUUGUCACUACCACUGUAUUAAACACUGACAAUUCAGGUGAGGUACAGCUCAUAUCAAAGCAAUUAAAGCCUCAGGAGAUGGAUGCUAUUGUUAGAGAGAUUGGGCAGGUACCACGAUAUGACAUAAAUAGAUUCAUGAAAUGGUUCUGUGAAUUAAAAAGGGUUAGAGAAACAUAUAACCUGAAUACGGACGAUAUAGAUAGAAUCUUACAAAGAGUUGUUGGAAAUGGUUUGUGGGUUAGGAUUGUACAUAACUGUGGACAGCAACGAAGGACAAGGGAUGUUUUUAGAGAAAUGCUGAGAGCGUUGUAUGGCAUUACUUUAAAUGUGUCAUUGUCUGGUAAGAUUAAACAGAUGAAACAGGAAUGUCCAUAUGAACUAUGUGAUAGGAUAGCCACAGUGAUGGAUCAAUUGAUGACUGGUAAUCCAGGAUUUGAACAUGGUGGCUUACUCCAUAGAGUGAUGUUGUUGGAAGCUUUAGAAGAGGAUGUCAAGGAAGGUAUAUUGUCUGUAACACCUGACCCUAUAGAUUUAAAGGAUAUAUUGUUAAGGGCAGAUAAUUUGUGGAGGAAAAGGAGUAGAAAGGAAAGUUUUGCAGUUGAUGCCGCUAGAAUCUUUAGGGUAGAAGGACAACAAAAUAAAGAGUAUGCUGGUUUUAGAGGGCCUCAGCGAGGGAAUAGAGCUUACAAUUCAGAAUGGCAGAGAGAAAGAGGGAAAUAUGAACAGGAGAAGAAAGAUAGGGCUCCUAGACAAUCCUGGAUACCCUUUCCCCAACUGAAAAGAGAGCAUGACAAGCUUAAAAUGGAAUAUGAUACCAUAAGGGCUGAGAGAGAUCUCUUGAAACAAAACGUUUCUGUGCUGGAGGCAGAAUUGUCCAAAUUAAGGUGUGUUUCUCUUACAACUUCUGGUGUUACAGACCAAGGGGGAGGUAUUCAACACAGAGCUAUAAACCUGUGAAUACCAAUGUAGAACACUUUAAUAGUUUUUUUUGCACUUAACUUUGUUGUUUUAUGUGGAAUACAUGGAGUAAUAUGUUUUUCCAAGUUAUAUCUUUCAGGAAAAGGUCUUCCAGCAGAAGGAUCAAUGUACCUGAAUCUUUGGUCACUACCUUUAUUUAUCAUUUUUCAUACCACAAUUAAGUAGGACUGGAGAUAAUCUAAUCAUGCUGAACUGUUUUUAAAAUUUUAUUCAUGGCUUCCUAACAGUAAUUUUAUGGAUGGGAGUGGCAAAAGCACAGGUCUAUCCUGCAACAAAAAAAAAAUUUUGCUCAAGGAACCAAAGCUUUUAAGUGGGGGAGUGAAUACAUUAACAUAAUAAUUAAGGAAAGGUGUUGGAGCUGGACACCACAGAGAAAACUUUUGAAUGGAUACAGUAGUGCAGUAGACUGGAUACUGUUGUGAUUUCAAUAUAUGUUCUACAGAAUUCCUCUGAGCUAAAGUUUUUCCCCAAAUAAAACAGGUUGUGAUUGUGAUUAAGGACUAAAGAUGUGUGACAAGAGUCCUCU